UGUACUGAGUAAGACCAUAUGCUGUAAACAUCUUGUUCUAUUCUUUGACCAUUUAAGUACAAAUCGUUGAAAUACCCAUUAUUACAGUGUAGUAGAGUAUUACAUUAUUAUUCAUAUGAUCUUUUUUGUAUAAUAUUAGUCUUUCAGACAAAACACUGGUUACACCACUUGACCAUAACGUCUGCAGCAAUAGGACAAGAGAUCGAAACAGAAAAUAGCCAUCAAGAUGCCAAAGCAAGGAAAGCCAGAUUCAUUCUGGACCGGCGUCAUGAUGCUGUUUGCCCAGGGGAAAUAUAAAUUUUCCACUGGCCAGAGACCCGGGAGCAGACGUUGGAAGGCAGUGUUAGAGAGGAUAAAGAAUUGUCCGCUGACCCCUGCAUAUGGCCUAACGGUCAGAAAAAAAGAUAUUUUUGGGAAAAAUAUUCCCUGCAAAUGUGGCUACCAUGAUUCAGGACAGCACACAGGGACCGCAGCAGGUCCGCAGCAGACAGGGACCGCAGCAGGUCCACAGCAGACAGGGACCGCAGCAGGUCCACAGCAGACAGGGACCGCAGCAGGUCCACAGCAGACAGGGACCGCAGCAGGUCCACAGCAGACAGGGACCGCAGCAGGUCCACAGCAGACAGGGACCAGUGGUAAUACAAUGACAUGCUCCCUUUGUGCUCAGGAAGUGCUCUCUGACCAGUUUACACAGCAUCUGUCAGACUUCCAUGUCCAGGAGGAGUGUGAGCACUGUGGCACAAAGGCCAUGGGUGCUGUCAGGUUAUCAGAGCACCUUGAGAAGUGUCAUGUCUUAACCUCACCUUCAGCCCAUCCCUCCACUACCCCAGCCCAAGAGAUGACACCGACACCAAUCGUCUCUCCCCGAGAUGCUCCAGCUACAGUCUGCCUCACAGCCCAGGAGACGACACCAACCAUCUGUCUCCAAGUUGCUCCUGCUCCUACCCCUCCAACCCUAUCUGAGAUGGCACCAGCGACUCAGAGUGGCACACCACUUCCAUCUUCUCCUGCUUCUGCUCCUCCUCCAGCAGCACCAGGACUACCAGUCCCUCUGCGCUUUCCAGAGGUAAGCCGGGCCAGGUUUUUACCAAAGCCAUUCCUCCGGGUCAUCAAGCCAGGUGAUUUGGAGUGGAUUGCCCACAUUCUCUAUGACGCAAGAGGGCAGCUGAAACAGAAUGUCAGGGAAAAUUGGCACCACCCCCCAAGCCCAAUCAGAUCUGUGGCACCUCCAAACCCACAUGAUUACUUUCGUCAGAGGAUGUUCCUGUGGGCACCAAUGCGCAUGUGGGGCAUACCUUUGAAAUGUAAUCAGUGCAACCGAAAGAUGCACCACUCUGGCAUUUACACCAAGGUCAGAGAGGUCAUUGAUGUGGACAGCAAGUACUAUUUAAUAGGGGGAGAUUACCCAAGGUGCAGCCAGUGCAAACUACCUGUCUGUCCUUGGAGUAGUGAUAUUUUAAAGCAACUGGACCCCUCUAACCGCAACAAAUUCCCUGCUGUGUUGACUACACAUUUGGCACUGGACAGAAAAUGUGUGACACUUUUGCGUCCUAGAACAGCAGGGAAUAGCUCCAGUUACCUGCAGCAGGCCUUUCAAGAGGCACACAGUGAGGAGUGGGCCAGGAGAUCCUGUGACUAUUUCACAGAUUGUGAAAUUCACAAAAGAUCCUGCCUGAAGCAGUCCCAGGCUGUUUAUUCCCCGCCACCACCCUUCAUUCCCUUGCCCCUGGCCCAGUGGUUUGAGACAGUGCAUGCCAACGAUGUUGUCGGCCACCUUGAUGAACUCAAAGGUGUCAUCACUUCAACGUUUGGCAGAAUUCUGAAGCUCGAUUCCACUAAGAAGGUGACCAAAAAACUGGCUGGUGGUAUUGAGAACACGGCAACAUGGAUGACCAAUGUUGGGAACGAGUAUGGUCAGGUCCUCAACUCUGUCCUCACAACCGGCGAGGGGGCUGGACUGGAUGACCUGUGCCAAGGGAUCGUCCAACGGUACAGGGAUGCUGGUGAGCCACAGCCAGCCGCCAUCUAUGUGGAUAGAGACUGUUGCAGUGACAGAGGGGUGAGCCCAGUUCUCCAUUGGUUUCGGCCAUGGACGUCCACUGUGCGGUUGGAUGUGUUCCACUUUAUGAGGCGAUUCACCAAAGGUCUCAUCACGGAACACCAUCCACUCUAUGGUACGUUCUGCUCCAAAUUGUCGAGCUGCAUUUUUGAGUGGGAUUACCAGGACAUCAGUAAUCUGAAGGAGGCGAAGCGGUCAGAGCUGAGGCAAAAGCAUCAGGGCUAUGAGCCAACAGAUGCCCAGGUGUUGGCGAGCAUCAGCCCUAAAGAACUAGCCAAGCACUGCCGCAGGAAAACCCGGGGAGUGGAGGAGACCCGUGCCCUCAUCAAAAGUCUCCUUGACUCCAUGUGGAACCUUGUGGACGGCACUGGGCUACACCUUAUUAACCACGAGCGCAUGUCUGAAGUGUGGAAGGUACAGCAAAAACACCUUGCCUGCAUCCAGGAUCCACCAGGAGUGCAGCUUUAUACUAACAUUGGGUCAGGGCUGGAGAAAGGAGACAAGACACUGGAUGUUCUAAGAUGCGCCAGAGGGUCCUCCUCUUUGGAAAGCUUUCAUAAGCACCAGUGUGCUUUCAUUCCAGGGUGGAGAUGCAAUGCAUUGCACACUCAGAUGUACAUGCUUGAGGGUGUGUCAAGGUGGAAUUUAAACCGGUCAGCACAAGCACUUUCAAUGACUGAGACAUCCAGGACAAAGCUGUAUGACAUUCGUUUGAUGUCCAAUGUAAAUGCGCUCAGCAACAAAGUCUUGGGAAAACCUCUUCUUCCAGAGUUUAUCCCCCCUGGGAAACCUACAGGAGAGCGAAUUGCUGUUGAAUAUCUUCUGGCACAAUCCAACAGAGGAGAUCUUCUGAGCCAGCAGACUGGUAAUGCUGACAUCCUGCCUGAGAUCUUGGAUGAAGACCUUGAGGAUGAAUGUCCUGAUGUGACCGUACCACAGGCUCAUGACCUCACAUUGCAGGUAAUAUUAUGUCAACAGUAUAUCUGGGGUCUGUUCUUCAUACGUGGAUUAAUCAGUCAGCUGGAUUUGAUUGUUGUCGAUUUGUCUUGAUCUUGAAUUAUUUAGUUCUUCGAAACUCAUCCUAGA